AUGGAGCAGGAUGGCCAGAAGAGGGAGGCGGAGGAGACGGAGUUCCACCCGGCGAGCUUCCCUACCCUCUGCGCCAACAACUGCGGCUUCUUCGGGAGCUCCGCCACCAACAAUCUCUGCUCCAAAUGCUACAAGAACGCUUUCCUGAGCAAGUCCCAGGCCCUCGCGCUAGAGACCGUCGCAGCAGCGGCGGCGGCGGCGGCGGCGUCCCAGCCGGCGCCGGAGAAGAAGAUCGUCGACGAGAUCGGCAUCGAAGAGGAGGAGAAGAAGAAACCCUGCGAUGAGGACGAGCUCCCGGGGGAUGCAUCCGCGGGGAAGAAGAAGAAGAAGCCUGCAAAUCGGUGCAGCUUCUGCAACAAGCGGGUGGGGCUGAUGGGAUUCAACUGCCGCUGCGGCGACGUCUUCUGCUCCCUCCAUCGCUACUCAGACAAGCACGACUGCCUCUUCGACUACAAAGGUGCCGGGCAGGACGCCAUCGCCAGGGCCAACCCCAUCGUGAAGGCGGACAAGGUCGAGAAGAUCUAA